AAGAAAUCUCAAGGCUAGGCUCGAGACGAGUUCCCAGCCCAAAGCAAACGGCAGUUGUGUACGUGCUGGAUUGAUCCGGCGAUGGGAUCUUUGUUCUCUUCCCCUGCCGCCGUCAGCACCAAGUUGGAUUACGGCCGCCCUCUCUCGGUCCAAGAAGAGCACAUCGCCCGCUCUAUGUCAAAAGAGAUGCUGGCUAGCAUCCAGAAAUUCCUGGACAGACCAAAGACUGGCGUUCCCCUCUUCACACAAGAAGAGAUGGUCGCCUCCCGUAUUUCUGUGCUUGUCGACCUCGCCCUCGAACAUUACAACUCCAACAAUCCGGAUGCCGAGUUCGAGUAUCCUGCGCGAUCGACCACGGAGAUGAAUGCCGCCUGCAUCGGUUUUAGGGGAACUUUCUGGUACCACCUCGGCUUUACGGCUCGCCCGAUGGACGCAACCGCCGAGAAGCAGCAGUUCUUUGCCGAGCUAUAUUUCGAUAGACACUCCAAUCAAUUGGCCGUUGAAACGUGCACCAUCUUAAAAAAGCCGUUGUGCUGCUUUACCAGGACGUGUGCAUUUUGUCCAGAUGAAUCCAAGAUUUUGCACCCAAGCCAUGAAGAAUUUGUGUGUGGAAAGCAAGUUCACGAAAAAGAAUUCUUCCGCAAGAGGGAUAUGCUAAUGCGGCAUUUAAUUCUUUUGUGAUAGCUCCUGAUGUAGAUAGCGCCGAUGAUCCAUGACUCUUAUGUUAUAGCCUAUGUAUUGAUGUUGUAACAUAACUAUGAUUUUCGUCAUUUCUUUCCUUGGACUAGGUAAUUGUUGUAACAGGGGCACACAUAUCCUAGCGAGUCAACACUAAUCAGGUCUAAUAUAUCCUUUUAAAAUUCUCA